AUGGAGGUCGUCAACUGGCCCAAGGUUUUCAACUCUCUCAACGAGGCACAAGCCUUCGCGAGUGAAUUCUGGCCAGAACUACCUGUGUACACCACUCUCGAAUCCGCCAAAGGUCACAUGACGGUCAUGGAUCUCCGCAUCUCCUACGAUGAAAUAUUUGGCUCUUCUGCGAAAGUAAUAGCACGUCUUACAAUGGCACAUAGUGAUCUGCAUCAUGCAAACAAACAACGCAAAGAUGUUCAAGCCGAUCUCGACAAUUACAAACGUCAUAAUGUACAGUUAGGCGAUGAACACGAAGUGCUUCUUGCUAAAAACGAAUCACUACAAAUCGACCACAAACAACUAACAGACCGCCUAACAGAAACUCAAUCGCGUCUCUACGAGCAGUCCGAGAACUCUACCGAUAACUUUUCUGGUCUUCAACUCGAACUCGACACUACUCGUAUCAUACUGCCAGAGACAUUGGACAAGAUCGCUAAACUACUCCGGUGCUAUCGAGCUAUUCCCCUCUCUGAGUGCCCCAAGUAUGAGGACAUAUACAACCGCACUAAACUUGAGAAUUGGGAAAACUUCAGUAAAUGGAUCAUGGGCCUCAAAAUGAAACUUGCGCACUUCGGCGUACUUCAUAGACUACAUCCAGAUUGUGAGCAGAUUUGUGGUGUUGUUCCACUCGCUGAUCCCCGGUGCAGACGUAUAAUGAUAGCUUCCAUCGAAAAGCAGCUUGUCACCACUGUUUACCAAAACCAUUACUCUAAGACACCAUCUGAAUCUUUUAAUUAUAUGUGUGUUACUAACAAUACCGGCACCCAAGAUCGAUUCUGGGAUGCCAUGAAGCGCCCCAUCACAUUCACAACCACUGGUUCCAUUGAACAGAGUAUGCAGUAA